AUGAGAAAAUAAUUGAUGCAUGGAUAUAAAAUAAUAGAGUUUGGAGGUUGGUAGGCGGAGGAUGGGGCGCAGGAAAUUGUUCUUAACAUUGGUGUUGGCGUGCCCAGCUCUACUCAUCACUACUGCGAUUCUCCUAUCAGAAAAAGAUGAACUGCCAUCCAUGAAGAAGAAGAAUUCUAGAAUGUUCCACACCGCGGUGACGUCGUCGGACUCCGUGUACAACACGUGGCAGUGCAGGGUGAUGUACUACUGGUUCCAGAAACACAACCCAAACAGCAACGAGAUGGGCGGGUUCACGCGGAUCCUGCAUUCGGGUCGACCCGAUUCGCUGAUGCAGGAGAUCCCCACCUUCGUCGCCCAGCCUCUCCCGGCGUCGCUGCACCGGGGCUACCUAGUCCUCAACCGACCCUGGGCGCUGCUGCAGUGGCUCAACCAAGCGCAAAUUCGAGAAGAUUAUAUACUCAUGUGUGAACCCGACCACCUCAUUCUCAGCCCCAUUCCGAACCUAACUCAAGACCGCCGCCACGGAGCUGCGUUCCCUUUCUUCUACAUCGACCCCACCGCGCACGAGCCUGUUCUGAGGAAAUUCUUCCCUCGCCAUAUGGGGCCCAUUACUAACAUCGACUCCAUUGGUAACUCCCCUUUGAUUCUCGGCAAGGAGGCUCUUAAAAGGAUCGUUCCCACUUGGAUGAACGUUUCGAUCGCCAUGAAGAAGGAUUCUGAAGCGGAUAAAGCUUUUGGAUGGGUUCUUGAGAUGUAUGCUUAUGCUGUAGCAUCCGCCAUGCAUGAUGUGCCCAAUGUCUUGCACAAAGAGUUCAUGAUUCAGCCUCCUUGGGAUACAACAAUCGGAAACGCUUACAUCAUUCAUUAUACUUAUGGAUGCGACUAUGAUUUGCAGGGUAGGUUGACUUAUGGAAAGAUAGGAGAAUGGAGAUUUGAUAAAAGAAUGUAUGGAAAUAGGUGGCCCCCAAGAAAUCUUUCUAUGCCACCUCGUGGGGUCCCACAAAGUGUGGUUACUUUGGUGAAAAUGGUUAACGAAGCCACUGCCAAUCUACCAAAUUGGGGCGCUGCUGCUUAUUAACAAACUUUUUACUUACAUGCGCUCCUCAUUUUUAUCGUCCAUCUCUUGUAUCUUAUAUAUAUUUUUCAAUACACACUUGCUAUUUAGUUAAAUUGAAAUCUAUCUAUCUCACUAUUAAUUACUUCUCCAAAA